AUGAGUUCACUUGUAAGAUGUUUCAGCACCGCCUUGAGACAUCAUGCAAGUAAACAAGCCUUGCAAACAGUACCUACUAAGUAUUUAGGUAGGCCCAGUAAUAACCUUUCAGUGGGAAUUGUUGGCCUAGCUAACGUUGGAAAAAGUACUCUCUUCCAGGCAAUCACCAAUACAACCUUGGGAAAUCCAGCAAACUAUCCUUUUGCUACCAUACUGCCCGAAAAAUCACAAGCCAUAGUUGAAUCGGAACAAUUAAAUUUCUUAUCUGAGUUAUACUCAUCAAAAAAAAAAAUUCCUUCUCCAUUAACAAUCUUUGACAUAGCUGGCUUGACCAAAAAUGCAUCAAGUGGUGAGGGCCUAGGAAAUAAGUUUUUAUCGGAUAUCAGACAAGUUGAUGGUAUAUUACAUGUUGUAAGGGGGUUCAGAAAUGACGAAAUCAUUCACAUUGAAGAAAACAAAGUAGACCCUAUCAGAGAUUUGGUAAUCGUUAACGAUGAGUUGAUUCUCAAAGACUUGGAAUUUGUUGAAACUGGAGUGGAAAUAUCAAAAAAAUCCCUUAAGAGACCUUACGUCGACAAAGGUAAAGUUCACUUCGAACUAGACACAUUGGAUAAAGUACAAGACCUAUUAUACAAUGGCACGAAGAUCUCAGAAGGUGAAUGGUCAGAUGAAGAGAUUGCCAUCAUAAACACCUUCAACUUCUUGACAGCGAAGCCCACUAUCAUAUUGAUGAAUGUAAACGAGGAUGACUAUUUGCACGAUCGAAACGAAUUUAAAGACGACGUAACUAAGUGGAUAAAGGAAAAUAGUCCCAAAGAUACUUUGGUAUUAUUUUCUGCCUCACAUGAGAGCAUUGCAUCUAACGAGAGAUCCAAGAAGAGUGCUAUUCCAACUAUAGUAAAUCUGAUCAGAAGAGCAUUGCACAUCAUUUCUUUCUACACUUGUGGUCCCAUCGAGACUAGGCAAUGGUCCUUAAGAGAGGGAUCCACUGCAGCAGCAGCAGCUGGUGUCAUCCAUACAGAUUUGGAGAAGAAUUUCAUCUCUGCUCAGGUCUAUAAGUAUGAUGACCUACUCGUAGAAUCUCCGCCAUUAAACGAAUCAAACCUCAAAAAAUCAGGUAAACAGCUCAAGUACGGGAAGGCAUAUCUAGUGGAGGAUAACGAUGUCCUUCUAAUUAAGGCUGUGGGAGCAAAACCCCGCUGA